AUGUUUCCUCGGUGUUUGUUCAAACGCCAAACUCCACAAACAGACUCUUCAACCUUACACCCCUGUCUAGUUUAUCGAACAGUUCGACUUUCUGCGAUACUGAUGAACAUAAAUGCUUUUUAUUUUCUCUACCCGAACGGUUUUAUUGAUCCUAUUUCGACGUUAUCUAUCUAUCUAUCUAUCUCCGUUUGUUCAUAUCUAAACCAGUCUAUUCCUAUCUAUCUAUCUAUCUAUCUAUCUAUCUAUCUAUCUAUCUAUCUAUCUCGGGCUGUUCAUUAUCUAUCUAUCUAUCUAUCUAUCUAUCUAUCUAUCUCAGUCUUUUCAUAUCUAUCUAUCUAUCUAUCUAUCUAUCUAUCUAUCUAUCUAUCUAGCUUCAUUCAUUCAUUUAUUUUUCAGUUUCAUUAUAUUUUUUUCUUUCUUUUCCGUACUUUUUUCUGGUGUUAUUAUUUAAAUUUCUUUCAUUUUUUUUUCUUUCCUUCAUAUCAUAAUACAAUUCACUUUCUUAUUGAUCUGUCGUCUGCGUUUUCUUUUUAUGUAUCGUUCUUCAUAUUAUUCUUUUCUUUCUUUUGGGAUUUUUUUAUUGAAGAAAUGAUAGUUGGAAUGUAG